GCCACUGCCCGGUUCUUAAGCCUGGCCACCUGCCUGGGAAACUUGUGGUCGGUUGCUGCUCUCGGGUCGUUUCCGGGCGUGGACAAGAACCGGGCCAUGGAAGAUACUCUGGGGACUCGCGAGCCCCGGGCCCGUCCGAGAGACCGAGACCCAGACAGGCGCCCGCACCCGGACCGAGACCGCCACGUCGAGCGGCCGCGGGACCGAGCCGGGGACAGGCACAGGGAGAGGAACGGGGACGUGAGAGGAAACGGGGACCGUCGAGCGGGCAGGGAACGGAGGACCGACCGAGACCCGCGCCAGGACAGACACAGGGACGCGGGCCAUCGUGCAGCAGAACCAAGAGCCUGGGAGAAGCCCCGCCAAAGCCGUGCGCGGCCGGAGCCCUGGGUACCCAGUUGGGACACAGUCCCGGCCCCCGGGCCCGCGCCCUGGGGAGCCCCGGAGCCGCGGCCGAAGCAGAGCCCUGGGCGCCGCGGGUUGGACAGUGAACUUGCUUCGGAAAGAUAUGUGUCCGUACACUCCCGUCCUGCAAGACAGGAAGAGGAAUAUUACCAGUCUGAAGCUGAGGGGCUCCUGGAAUGCCACAAAUGCAGAUACUUGUGCUCCGGAAGAGGUGUGGUGCAGAUAGUGGAGGUGAUUUUGAAUGGCAUGGUUCUCAUAUGCAUCGUGGCCUCCUACUUUGUCCUGGCCGGAUUCAGCGCCAGCUUUGCCAGCGGCAGCGGCUUCGGGAACAACUACUACUCACCUUUUGAGGGCACGGAGCUGGAGCAGGUUCGGCAGCUGGACCAGCAGUACACGAUCCUGCGGUCGCCCCUGAUCUAUGGUGGUGUGGCUGUUUCCCUAGGGCUGGGCGUCCUCACUAUGGGAGCUUUACUGCAGGGAGCCAAGAGUCUGAGGAAGCUGCCCGGGAGGUGGCUGCUGCUGGAGGCAGCCUUCAGCCUCUUGGCCGCAGUAGGCUACUGUGUCGGCAUUGGCAUUUACCUGCACGCUGCCUUGAGCAUCAAUUCCACCGACACUUGCAAAACCAGAGAGAGGCUCUAUGCCCGCAGGGGUCUCACCUGGAUGAACUGCCAGCUGGCAGGCACCGACGGGGCAGCGGCCACCUUCGCUUGCCUUCUGGUGAUUAUGUACGCUGCCAGCGUGGUGCUAGCCCUGCGGUGCUACCGAGAACAGAAGCGCUACAAAGACAGUCAGAAUCAGCACCAAAAUUACAGUGAUGUCCCAGAAUACGUGUGGUCUGGGACACUCUAAGGAAAUCUGAACUCUCCUUUGCUCCUCCCUUACAAACACACGGGUAGACAACCGUGAUUUCCCAAGCUCCCCCAGGUGCCAGAGCAGCGGUUAGCUGUGAAUUUGGCCCACCCCAUGAAAGCUUGGGGUCAGAGGGACAUCGUAUUUGUCGGAAAGAGCCAUCUGGCAAGCCUGGGUAUGCCCUCGUGGUAGGGGCUCUUGCUACGUGGUGAGGUGAUAGUGUUACGUAGGAGACUAGCCAAGGAAAUUUUGCGAGCCUGAGAACACAUCAGAGGGUAGCAUGUGCAGAGCUAGAGGAGAAAUCCUCCCUCCACUGUAAACAUAGCCAUAGCAGAAAACAUUAAAAGGCUAGAGACAGGGCUCAGCUGUCAAAGGUACUGGCUGCUCUUACCCAGGACCCAGGUUCCCUUCCCAGCACCCACAUGACCCCCCACCGUCUAGAACUCCAGUUCCUCUUUGGACUCCAAGGGCACUGCAUGAAUGUGGUACACAUACACAAGCAGGCAACCAGUCAUAUGAAUAAAAUUUAAAACCUUUUCUAAAAAUGGGUCACAGGGCACUGUUGUACUUGGCAGCUGUAGGGUUGGGCUCCAAUCAGUAACUGUUUUCCUCUCUUUCCCAGAGAGAGCUACAAUGUUAGAGGGUACCAUGGCAGUUCAGCAGAGAUGGAGAAGGGGUUGGGCUGCUUACACGGGAAGGGACUUCUUGAUUCCUCUGUAGGAUUCCAGCCUCACAGGCCAGGGGAAAUGUUUUCCACUAGCUAUUCCAUGUAGGUGUGUGCAGAGGAGGAGGGUGGUAUUAAUUGACUUGAUUUUUUUUUUUUAAAACACAAGUCUUCAAUGGUUGGAGACAUGGUUCAGCAGGUGAAGGUAUCUACUGCCAAGCCUGAAGGCCUGAGUCUGAUCCCUGGGGUCCUCAUGGUGGAAAAGGAAUGGCCUCCCUCUGAUCUCCUUGGGCACACCAUAGUAUUUGCACACUCCGCACACAUAUUGGGCACAACAUAGUAUUUGCACACUGGCACACACAUAUAGGUAAUUCUUGUGGGGCCUGUCAAAAGUAAACCUCAUGCAGAAGUGGAUGAGAGAUGGUUAGGCAGUUAAAAGCACUUUACUGCUCUUGCAGAGGGCCCAGGUUCAAUUCCCAGAACCCACAUGGCACAACCAUCUGUAACUCCAGUUCCAGGGAUUCAACACCCCAAGUUGCCGUCUGAAGGCACCAGACACACAGAUCAUGCACAUGCAUACAGACAGGCAAACAUUCAAAUGUAAAAUAAAAACGAAGGACUCUUGUAAGAAUGAAGCAAAACUGAGGGGGAAAUAGCCACCGAGAAAUCUCUACUGUCUGAAUGUCAGCUUCACUGUCGCCCUUGGCCUGAGCAUUGACUAGUGCCCACACUUGAUGGGUGGCAAAGAAGACUGAACAAAUCCAAACUGUGCACCUGAGCAAGAGACUAGCACCCCACGCGCCAUCAUUAUUUUCUGGGUAUUCUUCUGCUCACCUGGGGUCUUUCACCAGAUAAAGGAGACUUUGACCUAUGACCCCAGCCCUUCCCAGCUGGCUCUUGAGCAGGAGCCCCUCUUCUGACUGGAGGCCAUCAGUGAGGAAUCACAGUGCUAUCAGUCCGGAGUUCAGGGUGGAAACGCUCUAGCAAACUUGAUGGGAUCCACUAUGUGUCAGGCGUUUGAAGACUUGUUAUCUGAGUGUCACAGAUGACAAGGUCCAAGAAGGGCAGGGCAGAUGUUUCUUAACAGUGAUCACUGAGUGGCAUUACUCGGUAAGAGCACCACCUACCACUCUGGCUGCAUUUGGCACCAAGGAGAGACGCUGUCAUUUCUGUUUAAUGACAAAAGCUGCUAACACGGGGCUAACUUUCCUAGGCACAGAGUGCUUAUGCAGCAGAGAUAAGGCCUGGAUACAGGCUAGAGAUAGCUGUUAAUAGCACUUGCUGCUUUUCCCAGAACAUGAUUGUGAGCUUCAUAACCUCCUGUAACUUAAGCUCCUGGGACCUGAUACCCUUCUGACUCCACAGACUCCUGCACUCACAUGUGCACAUACCCACACAUACAUACACAUAAUUAAAAAAUAGAUCUUGUGUGUGUAUAUAUACAUAUACACAUACAUGCAUACAUACAUACACACACAUACAUACAUACAUACAUGCAUACAUACAUACAUACUUGACCCUCUGACUCACACUAAAGGGUGUUACAAGUAACAGACAAGUUCUUGUGGCCUUUGGGACACCAGAGGCUACCACUCAAAGCGGAGAACAAACUUGGAAACAUCACUUUUGCCAUCCUAGCCCAUGUAAGUGUCUUGAGGGUCAGAGGUAUCAAGCGGAGAUUCAGUGCUUCCCUGGCACACACCCUGAGGGGAGCUGAUCUUGCUUGAAAUCCACAGACUAGAAGACACCCAGUGAGGGCAGAGGUAGCACCAAUUCAGAGGCUUAACUGGAUGGUAAUCAACUUGUAAGCCAACACUCACCAAGUCUAAUGUCCUAAUGCCCCACCUUAUGGAAGGGAUGCCAACCAGGGCCAGUAAGCUCCCUGGCUCCUGUGUUACCAUCAGCUGUGACUACUUAAGGAGUUGUAGAGUUUCCUCAGAUAUAACCCUCAUUUAAGAAUUAUGCUGUCAGUAGUGAGCUUUUGUGGAGUGUCUCACAUAGCUCAAACUGGCCCCAAUCUUGUUAUGUAGCCAUGGCUGGCUUUGAACUCCUGAUCUUCCACCCAAGUGCUGGAGUCACAUGUGCCACUAUGCAUAGGUGGCAUUUCCUUAAACAUAAACCAAAGAAUCUUCAGUGAAUGUGUCUUUGUUGCUAUUCCAGCAAAAAGAUGCAAUGGGUUGGGUAUGGUCUGUGUGUUCUCCAGGGGUCCACUGUGACUGAAGUCUUGGUCUACAGGAUGGCUGUUGUUUUGGGGAGGUGGGUCCUAUUGGAAGGUUCUUAGGUCACUGGGAGCAUGCUUGUGGCAGAUGGUUCCCUUGGGAUUCCUGGGCAGUUCCUGUCACUAUCUACCAUCAUGUUAGCAGGCCUGAAUUGACCUGAUGGUACAUGCCUGAACCUGCAAAACUGAGCUAGAAAAUAAGGUCAAUCUGGUUUAAUGAUGCCCCUCACUGAUUAGUGUUGAUUAGGUCUGUCUGGCUAAGCAGUGUUCCCUUCCUUUUCUCCACUAUUCCAUACGUCUCUCUGAAAACAAGUUUAAUAGAAUCUCCAAGUAACCUCAAAAAUGUGAGCUAAACAAACUUCUUUCUCUUCAUAAACUGCCUGUAUCAGACAUUUUGUUAUAGUGACAAAAGCUGAUUAAUAGAAAAAAAACAUGUUAUUUUCCAUGUGGGGGAGAGAUAAUAAUUCUUUUUGGAGAAUACAGUCACUGGUAGGUCUUUCAUGCCCCAGUGCAUGGUUCCACACCAUGCUCUUAUGGGAAGGACGAACUGGACUUAGUAGGAAGUUAUAAAGCAAAAUGAAGUUGAAAGGAGUGUGUUGGAGGAAGUUGGGAGAAAAUGGGGGACAGACAUGAUUAUAUUUCCUUGUGUACCUGUAUGAAGUGAUCAAUAAUAAAGAAAACAUUUUAUUCAUUGUCUUAA